AUGAUGCCAUACAACGCGCCAUGUUCUCCGGAUGUUGGCAAAAUCAUUCUUGUUGCAAUGGCUGGCGAGCAUCGAACACAAAUUCGAGAUGAUCAAUCAACGAGAGCUCAAUUGACCCAUAACACUCGAAUUCAUCAACAUCUAUCUAUUGUAUUAUAUGAAGAUACCGUCUAUUUGCUACGCAUCCAAUUGGAAUGCACUGGAUCACGAAACAAAGAAUCAGCUGAGAACAACUGUAACCUUCCUCAUGAUGUGGCUGCCUGGAUUGAUCUAAACGAUGAUGGUCAAUUUACUGGUACAGAAAAUGCUGCUCCUUAUCGCUGGCCGCUUGCUAGUUAUGUACCACAAGGCAUAUAUGAUCUACAAAUCUAUGCACCCAAUAUCGAUGGAACAAAGACGAAAAGUGGACCACAUCGUAUGCGUCUUGAUGUAACAUUAAAUGAACAGUAUCGUCAAAAAUGUGGCAAAAAUUAUUACAGGGAAACACGAGAGUAUAAUGUUACCAUUGUUAAAAAAAACAUGAAACAAACAGUUGAUAUUGGAGGUCCAUAUUUGGCAUUAAGUGAUUCAGUAUGUUCUAAAACCAAUAGCAAAAUUGUACUUGUUAUAAUGGCUGGUGAAAAAGGGACACACAUUCGAGAUGAUACACCAAUAAAUACUGCCGUCAGAGAGGAUCAAAAUCGACACCAUUUGGCUGUUACAUUAUUUGACAAUACCAUCUAUCGAAUACGUAUUCAAUUGGAUUGUGACCAACGCUCAAGUAGAGCUUCGUUUAAGAUCCAGUGUAAUCUUGCUUACGAUGUGAAUGUCUAUAUUGAUCUAAAUAACGACGGCAGAUUUGAUGAAUCAGAAAGUCGUGUUCCUCAUCGGUGGCCACUACGCAGUACAAUGACAAUCGGUAUUUAUGAUUUGGAAAUUCCUGUACCAAGUAUCGAUGCAGUUACUACGAAAAGUGGAUCACAUAUUAUGCGUGUUGUUGUAAAAUCAAGUGACGAAUAUAACAGAAAAUGUGGCAAAUCUGACUACAGCGAAACACGAGAGUACACAGUCAACAUCAUUCCGAAAGAAACAUACCGUGGCGGUAACACAUAUGACGACCGUAAUACAUAUCGUGGCGGCAACACAUAUGACGACCGUAAUACAUAUGGCAACGGUAAUACAUAUGACGACGGUAAUAGAUAUAGUGGAGAUAAUACAGUUUAUGUUUUAUUACAAUAUCCUGCAUCGUUUCUUUUAGGUUACAGAGUCACGCAUUGUUCACCAGGCAAUUUGGUAUGUUCAGUAGGCAAUAGUGCUAUUUUUUUGGUUAGUUUAUUAGGUGAGCAAAAUACACAAAUUCGGGAUGACAAGAAAACAUGUAGCUCAACAAAUAAUUAUAAUGAUCGAAGUAAUCUAGCUGUGACAUUAUUCGACAAUACAGCUUAUACUCUUCAUAUCGAACUGUCUUGUGUUCAACAAUCAGGCUAUGGUAAUACGUAUAGCCAAGAUCCGUAUGUAUUUGAAACAAACUGUCGUGGUGCUCGCUAUGUCGGUGUAUGGAUAGAUUUUAAUAAUGAUGGUACGUUUGAUCAAAAUACAGAGCAAAUGGUUCCUAACAGUUGGUAUAAAGAUGAUCCUCGUAUGACUCAAAAUGAUAUAAGUUUUACCAUUCCACAAAUUGAUGGUAGGUAUUAUUUAGACGGACAACAUCGAAUGCGUAUUGUUCUGACACAAGAUACAAGAAAUCGUAAGCCGUGUCAAAAUACUGGUUAUGGUGAAGUACGAGAUUAUACAGUACAAAUCAUACAGACACCUGCGUAUUAA